UUCUGGAAUUAUGAAACAGUCACCUGAUUGGCCAGUUUGACUCUGAUAGGCUUCCCUCUUCCUCCAAAUCAUGUGACACUGGCAACAGUGCUUUGUGGAGAUGAUUAUCUGGUUUGGCUACACUCUGUUGUGUGCUUUUUCUUUAUGCAAAACCCAUUUACAAAGAUAAUAAUUACACCUUUUCUCAGUAUUCAGUUAUAUAUUACUUAUUUCCAUUAUUAUCCAUGUGUUUAUUAUAUGUAACUGGCCAAUAACAGUUGCUGACACCUCAAACAACACAAAUUAUCUAACAUCUUUAUAUUAUGGAUAUAUUAUAUGAAUAUUUAAAAACUUUAUGAUUCAAGUGGGCAUUAGAUAUGCAGGUAUAUUAGAUGUGCUGAUUCACUUAAACCUCUGCCAGCGAAGCAUUUCUCUCCCUCUGUUCACAACACACACGCACAAUGACUUGCUUUGCUACCUGUAAAAACAAGAUAUGAGAUAAGUAGGACCUACUGGAAAUUAUUAACCUUUAGAUUAACAUAACAGCCUCCUCCUUGCAACAGGUCAGUGACAUUUGUUCUUGUUUUUUGUUAGUGCACAGCUUCUUUUCAAAUUUCUUUCUCCACUUUGCCUGCAAUUAGAUCAGAAGGUUCAGGCAACUUUUAGAUCAAAAGACACAGACAACAGACAAUAUCUUCUUUUCAACAACCAGGUUUGUAUUCCUCUACCCUCACCUUAAUCUCCAAAUGAUGUUCAGUCUGUAAAGGGAUUUUCUGGGAAAAGCCUGUUAGUUUACCAGACAGAUCCAAGGGUGGGAUUGGUAUGGACGGGAAAACUGCUUGCUCAUCCUUUAUCAGCAGGAGUGCGUGAGUCAGCGCUGCUCUGUUACACCCAGAAUUGUUGCAACACACACACACACUCACACUCACACACAGAAACACAGACGCACACACUCUCCCUCCUCUCACAUACUCACACACAGGCCAUAUGACUGAGUCAAGCUCAGUUUUUAGUUUGUAGCCGAGUUCAGAUAAGGCAUUCUGGGAAACACAGCCUGGUUGGACGGCAUUCCCUUUAGAAAUAACCAUGUCUGCUCAGCAGCUGGGACUUUCUUUGACACCGUGAGAAACUUGGAUACAACAGUUUGUAAGAUGUCCCUGAUGGCCAUGUCUGCCCCCCGGUCGUCUGUGUUUACAUUCGAGUCUACAUUGCAUUCCUGCCAUGUGCUGCGCUGCCUGGACGAGCAGCGUUGCCGGGAUGUGCUGUGUGAUGUUACGGUGGUGGUGCAGGGUCAGAGUUUCAGAGCACACAGCUCCGUACUCGCUUCCUGUAGCGAGUACUUCGCCCAGAGGAUCUCGUCUUCCCUCACACGGCACGGAGCCGUGAUAAUUCUGCCACAAGAGGUGACAGUUGCUGGCUUUGAACCAUUGCUGAAGUUUGCCUACACAUCCAAACUGCACCUUGGAAAAGACAAUGCCUUAGCAAUACGAAACUCAGCUUCCAUUCUCGGCUUCAGAGACCUAGACGAGGCCUGCUUUGAUUUCCUCCUCCCGAAGUUCCUCAACAAGGCCCAAAAAAAGAGAUGCAAGAGCCAAUUAUCAAAAGAAAAAUGUGGCACAGACACUGACGAUGUAUUCUUGGAUGAGAAAGAAGUAAAACCAGUGGCUGACUCACCACCUCCGCAGGAAGUGGCUUGGGACUGUAACAAAUCUGUGAAGAACAAAAUGGGAAGUCAGAACAGCACAGACACUGUUACACCUGUAGCUGAAGGAACAAAGGAGCAUUUUGUGCAGUGUCCAAAAUAUCGAAAGUUCCAACUAGCUUGUGGGAAGGAAGCUUGUGUCCCAGAGAAAAAUCUAGCUGCUCCUGUAAAGGCAACCAGGGGUGACUCUGUCCUCUCCUGCUCCAGCAGGGCAAACAGUAAGAAUGAAACUGAAGUUGAGUACUCUGAAAUGUCAAAUGCCUGCAGACAGAGCAAAGGAGUGGCUGAUGACCCACAGAAAGCUGAAAUAUAUGUCAGGGAAACAGAGAAUUGUGUAGGCAGAAUGGAAGUUGAUACGGUUAAGAAAGACACAAACGAUAGACAGGGAAAAAGGGAUGAGAAGGUGAGAGAGAACGGUGCUGCAAAGAUGGAAGAAGAGAUGAAGCUCCCCAGUGGAAUCAGAUCUUCAGACAUAACCAGUGUGAAAGCAGUCUCCUCAGAACCAAGCGCAAGGCUUAGUGAGAUGUCAGCAGGGUUAAUAUUGCACCAUUGCCCUCGGAGGGCCUUAAAUGAGGGCCCAGCCAUCACUAGUUCACUGGAGCACGAGCGGUUUGCCGUGGACUUUAAAGAAGACAAGAAAGCAAAGGACCCUGAUUUGCCAGUCCCUUUUCACAGAGAGGCAGAGGAAGAGAAAGAACUUGGGGGUAAAGGGGCAAAUAAGGCCUGGCAAAGAGGGCAAAGAGGCCAAACAGGCACUAUGGAAGGAGCGACCCUGUCAUUAAAUACUACCAGAGAAAGUGAGGCAGUCGAGCAUAUGAACUUCCAGGAGUCCGAGGCAGGGUGUUCUGCUGAUACAGGGAGCAGAUGGACACAGAGCACAUCUUCAGAUUGGCUGAACCUCAGCUCCACAAAAACCAGCUGUCCCUUUUUGCAGGAUCUGGACCAAAGGAAAUGUUUACCGAGGCUGUCUGAGUGCGAAGGGGCAUCUCAGUCGGGUCUUUCCUCCCUAAACUCAGGGGAGGAUGGAGACUCAGGGACAGAAACUGAAGGAGACAGUGAGGCGUCCACCAGGGAGAGAGCGAGGCAGAUGCAGUUGCCCUAUUCUGUAGACUGGAUAGUGGAUCUGAGUCGAAAUGACUUCCAGCAGCUGCUGAAACAACAGGUCUUUACGCGCGAACAGCUGGACUUUGUUCAUGAUAUGAGGAGGCGCAGCAAAAACCGUCUCGCAGCUCAGCGAUGCCGCAAGAGAAAGCUGGACUGUAUAUAUAAUCUGCAGUGUGAAAUCAACAAGCUGAAGACAGAGAGGGAGAAGCUGAUCGUGGAGAAGAGCCAGCUGAGCCAGCUGAAGAUGAAAACAUGUCACAGUGUCUCUGCCUUGUGCCAGAAGGUCUGCAACGAAGCAAAUCUACAGCCAGAGCAGCUGCAGGUGUUAGCCAAAUACACCUCCCCAGACUGCCCUAUGUCCUCCCUCUUUUCUCACAUAGACACACUUCUUUCGCAGCAUGGGAUGCCACUCCAACCGCAGGGAUCGCUCUCGGCCUGUUCUGUGGACCUCGAUAAGUAUAUGGCAUCGGAGGAGGCUCCAUCCACCUCCGGCAGGAACACACUCACAGGACAACAUCCACUUUAGAUACACCUCCAGUACACAUGCUGCAUCAAAACCCACAGGAAGUUUGUGCCUGGGGUUAAGAUUUCGAACUGCACUGUAGCUCGUAUCGUACAGGAUUUCAGGACAUUAUGAUGUAGCCUGAGUACAGGCUGCAGUAUAAAGCAGUGACACAAGAUCUCAUCACCACACACCAAUGCAUUUACAAUGAGAAGGCCGUAAUCAGCAGAUGUUUUAAUUUGCUUGCUGCCUUUUCAAUUUAAGAUUUAUAGUGAGGGGUCGGAAAGGCAUUUCUGAUGUUCUAAACCAUUUAUUUUACUUUUGUCCUGAUUACAAAUCUUCCAUAGAGUUCUGCAGCAAAUGUUUUUAGCAUUACAAAUGGCUUAUUGCAGUUUAUCUAUUUUAGGGGGAAACAAAUCUGCACAUUUUGAGGUGUGUUGAGAAUGUUAUAAUUUUGACAAUGACAAAUUCAUAGGUUUGAAUCAAAGAGAACAAUGUUUUUUUUUAUAACUGUAACAUAUUUCACCGCUUGAUUACCUCAGGAUAACUAAAAAAAUAAUCCUUAUAUGUAUAUUAAUUGCUUUAGAAAGCAUUUUAUAUGGUUUGAUAUUGAACAAUUCUCAGGAAUCUGGAUCAAGCAUGUUCCUGUAAACAGGAAGAUUGAGCAUACAUUACCUCUUGCAGACAGUGUUUGUUCUGCCUCUCUCUAACAGAAUGCAACACACCACAGCAUUUUGCACCAAAACCACACAACUCAACAAAAAGACUUGACAAAGUGUGCCGUGUUUACCUUUUGGUUUAAUGGUUGGCUCUCCUUUGUUUCUUUUCUGACUGUCAUCGUGAUCUCUUCUCUUCAGCUGACCACAGUGACACAGCUCUUUUAAGCUGCACACACCUCGGAGUUUUGUUUUGACUCACUGAAACAGACCUCACAAAUUUACUUAGAUAUAUUAAAUAGUUCUGUCUAAAGAAACUGCACUUUAGCAAAGUUUUAAUCCAUGAAUAAAGUUCAAGUUUAGAAGAAAAGCUGUCUUUUAUGGAAAUAUUUGAGAAAUCCGGACUGCUGGACUUUUCUAACUUUUAUUGGAUGGAAAUGUUGCAUGCUGUCCACAAACUUGUUAUCUUAACCACCUUUAUCUAAAUUGCUUCUCAAGGACCAAGUAAACAAGUCCCUUUUGGAUGCAGUACAAGCAGAUUCAUGCUCAUAUUGUGUGCCUCCUGUACCUGUACCUGUUUUCUAUUUGCUUUGUGCAUUCCGAUCAUUGCUCUAUUUUUUUUUUUUUUUUGGAAAGUUUUAAGUUGACUUUUGCCUUUUUUUUUUUAUAAACUCUGCUUAUUGUAAAUAUUUGACACUCAGGACUCUUUACAGAAAACCAGCUUUGCAGCCCCUGAUCAACUUUUGCUGUAUUUUAUUUUCACUUAUUUAUGCAGGUGUUUUCAGUCAAUAUAAUCAUCCAAGUGCAGAUGGUCUUUCAAUAAUUUAUGUAAGUAUGAAAUGAUUUUAUAAUUUGGAUUUUAUGACAAAAUGCUCACCACAUUUUAUUUUUAAUGACACUGGCCUUUGAGGGUGUUGAGUUGUCUAGUGGUGGUUAAUGACAAAAGAAUGUUUGAUCUCCCACUAAGCUGACUGCAGGGUGCACAUAUUUGAUCUCACUGGUGCUUAUUGCCCUCUAGUGGCAGUGCAUGCACAGUCAGGCAACUGGCAGCAUGCUGUGUGCACUGAUGUGUACAAUACACAAAAAGCUUUUCUCCUAUGUUCAUUUAUUUUUAAUGCACAAAAAUGACUGUAUCUUCCUGCAAUCUUGUCCGAAAUGAUUCCUGCAAUUUCAGGCCAAAUGUGAUAAAUGUAACCAAACAAACAAAAAUGCUCCAGCCAGUAAAAUAUGUUUGUUUCCAACAUCCUCCACUUAUGAAGAUAUCCGUAAUGCAAUGCACUGUUGUUGAAAAACCAUCAGUAAUGUUAAUGAGAUGUAAAAUCUGGCAGUGUUCAGUGUGAGUGAUGAAUAGCCGAGCUCAUAAGGUCUUUGAGGACUCAUCUUUCAACCUGGACAGAUAAAUUAAUGAUUUAAUACUGCGCUUCAUAUGUCAUGUUUCUCCCUCCUGAAUCUUAGUCACUCACUCCCACUUAGUCUCACCUCUGUUCCCUGUUUAACGUACUUUCCCAAUUUCUCUUUGUUUUCACUUUUUUUUCAGCAAUCCUAACUCUCCCUCCAAUUUUCUCCUUUUGGAGGCUAUGUUAAUUAAAGGAGACUGUUAUUUCA